UAGUGACAACGCGCAUGCGCAGAGUGGCUCGUAUGUAGAACGAGCACGGUAGUGGAAAGUUUCAUAGUCACUAACGGGGACGCGCAUCCAAGGGACAUUAACCACAGGGGAGAACGCGCUGAAAUCAAAAAAGAGAAAUGGGUCGUCUAACCGUACUAUUUCUCUUGGCUCUUGUGGUCUCAGUUGUGUCCAAACGAGCUGGGGGUAGUAAAGGUGGAUUCAGCUGGGGCAAAGCUGGUGGUAGCUCAAACAAAGGUGGCAGCAGCAACUCUAAAGGCUCUUCAUCUCAAGGGUCACACUCGGCCCCAGCAAACUACCCUCGCCAACCUCAAGUACCAAAUCAGAAUCCACCCCCCUACCCUGGACGCGGUGGUAACCCAGCACCAGGUGGUUACCCAGCACAAGGUGGAUACCCACCGCAAGGUGGUUACCCAGCACAAGGUGGAUACCCACCGCAAGGUGGUUACCCAGCUCAAGGUAACUACCCAGGGCGUAGUGGUUAUCCAGGACAAGGUGGUUACCCAGCACAAGGUAGCUACCCAGGUGGUUCUUACCCCAACAGGAAUCCUGGACAAGCUGGAGGGUAUGGAAACCCCUACCCAGGUGGAGGCUCUUAUCCAGGGUAUCCAAACCGAGGGGGUUCCUACCCUGGUGGGGGUGUGGCAGGAGCAGGCGCAGGCGCAUAUCCAGGUGCUGCCCAGUACCCUUACUGGAACCCCAAUAACAAAAUCAUGAGCCCAGGCUAUGGUGGCAACUACGGUGGUCAAGGGUACGGUGGUGGUAGAUCGCCUUUCGCCCAGUCAGUGCAGAACAUGGGUAUGGCCCCUUCUUACAACUCAAGGGGGUUUGGCAGGCAGGCAGUUAUGGCUGCUGGAGUAGGGGCAGUGGCUGGAAUGGCUCUGGGAUAUGGCCUUGGGAGUUUCCCCCGCCCCCAUUUUAAUUUCCACAACCCGCAGGAGGAAUACUACUAUAAUAACUACAUGUACAGACGUUAUGGCCAAACACCCCCUAAUGGUAAUGUGAAUCAGAAUGGGAAUACCAACUCUCAAGGUGGCAGGCCAGUUGAUUCUGGUUUAACCCCUGAGGGUCAAGGAAAGAUUAACCCAUAUGACAUCUUCCAGAAUACUCCACCUCAGUCAUUUGACAACUUCAUGGACAAAUGCAUUAAGAGAACAGACUUGCUGCGACAGGAAAGUAGAUCGAGGAGAUUCACGGAGUUCCCUGAGCCUGAAGCUACACUAGGUGGCGAACUUGGAGUCGAGGACAACAGUCCCAGGGUCGCUCAAGAAGAUGCCAUGAGCAACAACAGUACAGUUGAAAAAGCCACGUCAGAAACCAGUUCAGAUACCACCUCGUUUGUAACCUCAAAGCUGUCCGAAACACAGAGUCAACCUCAAAGACAGAUUCAGGAAAUUGCAGCAGAAGAUGCCAAGGAAGACGACGAUACCGUGAGCAUUAUGGAGAUUGGCUAUCCUGUGCUAAUUGAGCAAAUGAAGGCACGGCGUUGUGUCGAGCUGUAUAUGGUCUACGCAGAACAGCAUGCAGAAAAACAGAUGCAGCAACGCAGCAACAUCGAUGAUCAAACCAACAGUGGCAGUGGUGACCUGCAUGGACCCCUUAACCAUGGAGUCAUGCUACUCCUUACUAGCAUUCUUGCCUGUUAUCUUUAGUUGCCUGCUACAUUAACAUUACUGGAAAGGGUUGCAGGUGACACCAUUGAGGCAAAUGUGUGAAAAUAUGAUUGAAAAAUAUCACCCAUCAUAUUUUAUUUUAGGAAUUAAUCUUGGAUGUUUAUAGCAUACCCUAAGGUACUGUAGUUUUUAAAAACUACUUUUAAAAGAGUCAAGUGAAAGUACCAACACUUGGUUUCAUUUAAUGAGCCACCUAAUAAUUUGACAUCGGCAUUGGUGUUCAUGUCAACACAUUUCAUACUUAAAACUUUGCAUAAGAGUUGAAAACGUUUGCAUACACUGUAUUGUCUUUUUCUGAAAUGACCAGUUGUUCAGUUCCUAUCACUGCCAGUGACGUUGCAUGUGGUUUUGUACACACUUCUACUGACUUCUCUUCCAAAACAUUAUAUUGCAUGACACUUUAUUAACCCCAGUUUAAACUAAGAGAUGCAUGGUAUUUGAGUUUCGCCCGUUGUUUUUCACUGGCAACAGCUAUAGAGACAAAGCAGCCAUGGCUAUAAUUUUUGUAUGACAUACCCAUACCCAGGGCUGGACUGGUAAUUUGGCACAACAAGCAUUUUCCCGGUGGGCCGAUGCACUUUGGGGCCGAUCAGGGGAGGACUGGCCAUCGGGAGAGCCGCGUUAAGCUAAAAUGAGCCGCUGUGUUAUGCAGAACGGACCACAAAUAGGUGCCGCGAUAUGCAGAAAAGGACAGCGAACACCCCCCCCAAACAACAACUAUUGGCUCAACCCAUAACACCCCCCCCCCCAAACAACUUUUGGACCAGUUGCUAUGUAAAAUCCUGGGCCAAUUUCUCUUCCCAGUCCAGCCCUGCCCUUACCCAUUUUUUCCCUGUUCUCAUGACCUCACUCCUACUUGUGUAGUAAAUGUUGAAAAUCUUGUGUUAGUGAUUUCUAUUUUUGAUUCUUUCUACUUUCUACUGACACAUUUAUUAUUGUUAAGUUAUGAAGUUUUUAAUAGUUUUUUCAUAGCCCUCCACUGUUUGUUUUAUUUAUUUUUUAGUUCAUCUGAAUGAUCAUAUCUGUUAGGUUUCAGCCUAUUACAUUUAAUAUAUAUAUAUAUAUAUACACAUGUAUUACAUAUAUACAUUACAUGGAAAAACAGAAUAUUUAGCACAUCUUGUUACGCUCUACAAAGCUGUAUGAGUUUGUUGCUGUGGUUUCUCUAAACAAUUUUGCUAAACACUCAAAUAGAUUAUCAACCUAGUUUAGCAAUCAUUUACCUAGAUGGACUGUGGCAACCACUGGAUGAACAGCAGGAGGCAGUGCUUAAGGCUCUAUUGUUACUCAGCUGCAUAUGUAAUGUUAUGCUUUUGAGAUAUUUUGAAUGUUUAAAUUUUUUUAAAUGUUGCUAUCACUGAGAAUAAAUUGAUUAUGAAC